AUGCGGCCUCCUCCUGGCUUCUCUCAUCCUUCCGGUAUGGUUUGUCGCUUGCGUCGUGCUCUCUAUGGCUUGAAACAGUCCCCUCGCGCUUGGUAUUCACGCUUCCAGGAUGUUGUUCUUCAGAUUGGCUUCACGCCCAGCAUGCAUGACUCUGCUCUAUUUCUCCGUCGCACCUCUCAUGGCCUGGUACUUCUCUUACUUUAUGUUGAUGACAUGAUCAUCACUGGUUCUGAUUCUACUGCUAUUGCUGAAGUCAAAAGUCAUCUCUUCCGUGAGUUCGAAAUGAAAGACUUGGGCCCGCUACGUUAUUUCCUUGGUAUUGAAGUUGCUUCCUCUCCUCAGGGGUAUCUUUUGGGACAGUCCAAGUAUGUUACUGAUAUUCUUCACCGUGCUCGUCUCACGGAUACGAAGACUGUUGAUACUCCCCUUGAACUCCAUGCCAAGUUCUCUGCCUCUGAUGGUGUCCCGCUUGAGGAUCCUACGGAAUAUCGCGAAUUGGUGGGCUGCUUAGUUUAUCUUACUGUUACUCGGCCAGAUAUUUCUUAUGCAGUUCACAUUGUUAGUCAGUUUGUCUCUGCCCCCCGGACUACGCAUUGGGCUGCCCUCUUACGUAUUCUCCGUUAUCUUCGUGGUACCCUUCAUCAGUGCCUUCUGAUUUCUUCUACAUCAAGCUUAACCCUCCAUGCUUAUGCUGAUGCUGACUGGGCAGGUGAUGUCAAUGACCGCAAAUCUACCUCUGGCCUCUGUGUUUUUCUAGGCGAUUCUCUUAUCUCUUGGAAAAGCAAAAAGCAAUCUGUUGUUGCUCGCUCCACCGCGGAAGCUGAAUAUCGUGCCAUGGCCCAUGCUACCUCUGAAAUCGUCUGGCUUCGUUGGCUUAUUUCCGAUAUGGGGGUCUCUGUUACUACUCCUACGCCUCUUUACUGCGACAAUAAGAGUGCUAUUCAACUUGCCCACAACUCGGUCUUCCAUGAGCGCACGAAGCACAUUGAGAUUGAUUGUCAUUUUAUACGUCAGCAUCUUCAGUCUGGCACCAUUGCUUUACCCUUCGUCUCCUCCACAUUGCAGCUGGCUGAUUUCUUCACGAAGACCCAUACCGCUGCUCGUUUCCGCUUUCUCCUUGACAAACUCUCGAUGCUCUCUGCCCUCGCACCUUGAGUUUGAGGGGGUGUGUGAAUAUAUAUUCUAUAUCUAGAAUAUAUAUUCUGUAUCUUCUUGUAAUAUGCUAUUUUAGGACAUGUAUCGUAAUCAAAUCAUAGCAUAAUCAUAGGGUAAUCAUAUCGUAAUCAUAUCAUAGCGUAAUCAUAUCGUAAUCAAAUCUUGUAAUCUUCCUUUCUUAGGCAUAGCUUUACUCUAUUUAAAGAUGUACUCACCUCAUUGUAAUUCAUUAAGAAAUAAUAUCAGUAUUUUCCGUCUCUGUUUCUCUGUUUUCUAUC